UGGAUAGUUAGUCGGCACCGUGACCGGAGGCCCCACACCUAGAUAUCCAUCCAUCCCUGGACCUCGGGAGCCAUCCAUACAUACAUUGAUCAUGGCCACCUCCACCCCCAACAACGACCGCUUCAACGCCGAGGCCGCGGCCUGGGACUCAAACCCCGACGUCCGCGCCGCAUCCGCCUCGGCGCUGCAGGCCCUGCUGGCGGCGCAACCUCCUGUCCUGCAGUCCGACAAGGGAGACGGGGACAAAAGCCCCGGCCCCGGCCCGGACGUCCUCGAGAUCGGCUGCGGCACGGGCCUGCUCACCCUCUUGGUAGCCCCACACGCGCGGCGCAUCGUGGCCAUCGACGCCGCGGGGGGCAUGAUCGAUGCCCUGAAGCUGAAGCUCGACGGCGAGGCCGGGGCCGGGGCGAGCAGCCUGAGGGGUGCCAUACACCCCCUGAACAUCCUCCUCACAGACCCCGAGGACCCCCGGCUGCCUCCAGGGCGGGAUGACGGACAACAACAACGCCUCAAGUUCGACCUCGUCAUCAGCCACCUCACGCUUCACCACAUCCCCGACGCCGACCUGAGGCCCCUCCUCGCCACGAUGCACGGCUGCCUCAGGCCCGGCGGGCAGAUCGCCCUGACCGACUUUGAGGACUUUGGGCCCGAGGCGCGCAGGUUCCACCCGGAGGCCAAGAUGGUCGGCGUCGAGAGGCAUGGGAUCCGGGCGGAGUGGUUCGCGGGCCUGAUGCGGGAGGCCGGGUUUGAGGAUGUCGACGUUGGCGUCGCGUGGACCAUGGAGAAGGAGGUCGAGAGGUUCCCUGGGGAGUGGGGGUCCGAGAGGCCGCAAGGCGGGGCUGACCUGGCCAAGAUGGAUUUCCCCUUCUUGUUGUGUCGUGGGACACGCAAGAGUUGAUUGGGCAUCUCAGUGGUGACCUGGGGGGUGUAAAUAUCCGAGUGGGCCAAACCCCUACUACAGAUCUUCCUCGUACCUUUUAACAUGCAACAGCUUCGUUGCCGACCAUUUAUCUGACACGGCAAAUGGCAUUGUCCUUGUCUACGACGCCAAACACGUUCAGCU